AUGCCGAUUCUGUCAGCCGUGAAUUAUAUGAGCGUCGCCGCUGGUUACCUCCGUUUGGCCCAACACACUGUCGAGAACUCCCAAUCCCAGCGACGUCUUGAGUGUUAUGUCGUGCUUGGGCCUUAUCCCAAGAGGUAUUAUGCCCCGUCCCGCCCGUUUAUUCUUGCUAAGAUCCUUCGUGCAGGCACGAAUGCUUCUAACAACCACGUUGUCGUUCCGCCAUGGGUUGAGAGUGCCUCGCUACUCGGAGGUGGAUGCCGCAAGGGGCUUCCCAACUUCUCCCCCAAUUGGGAGAGCAAACCGUACGCGGAAUUCUGA